AUGCCUAGUCCAGCAAAGAAGAGAAAGAUCAAUGAAUCCACUUCUAUGCGAAGGAUUGAAUCCUUCUUUUCCAACCAGAAUGCGCAGCCGGCAACAAAGUCGAAACUGAGUACAGCAAUCAUUGAAGACAAUAAGGAAUUCCUGACCGACGAGGAGCUCGCACGGAAGUUGCAAGACGAAUGGAAUCAAGUUGAUUCAUUGUCAGUACCGGAAUCGCUUCCAGUUAGAGCAGAAGAAAGCAGACCACCUAGCAAAGCAUUAGAAGAAGCCCAAUUGGGGACAUCCAGGCCAACAGAAAUUGCAACCAAAACACACAGCUCAGCUUUGAAAGUGCCCCUGAAAGAUACAUUGAGUUUGCAAUCCUCUCUUGGCUCAGAAGACACUGUUGUCUCAAACAUACCACUUGAUGAAAGCCCAUUAACAUUCGAUCCGGCUAAAUACUUCCCUGAGCUUCAGAAGCACUGGUCACAAGAUGGUGGAGACGCCUCUUAUGCAUUUUUAACGCAAGCAUUUAUUCUCGUCAACAGUACGACGAAACGAAUCAAAAUAGUCGACACACUAGUCAACCUCUUGCGCAUCUUGAUAGAAGGUGCACCUGACAGUCUAUUACCUGCGGUGUGGCUGGCAACAAACUCCUUUGCUCCGCCAUAUGAGCCUGCAGAAUUAGGACUUGGAGGCUCUGUAAUAUCCAAAGCUUUCAAAAACAUAUAUGGACUAAAUGCACAAGGGCUCAAGACGCUUUACAACAAGCACGGCGACGCAGGAGACGUGGCUUUUGAAGCCAAGAAGCGACAGAGCUUCACUCUGAAGAAGCCUAAGCCGCUGACGAUCAAAGGUGUAUACCAGUCAUUGGUCAAAAUUGCGAGAAGCAAAGGGGCUGGUAGUCAGGAGACUAAACAACGAAUCGUUGAGAGGCUGCUGCAGGACAGUCGAAGCGCUGAAGAGUCUCGCUACAUAGUACGAACCUUGGUUCAACACUUGCGUAUCGGUGCCGUCAAGGCCACGAUGUUAAUUGCACUUGCACGAGCAUUUUUGUUUUCCAAACCACCGGAUGCUACAUUUCCUACGAAGGGAAUGGACUCUUUGGCGAAACUGAAAAAGGAAGAACUGACUGAAGUAUACCUAAGAGCAGAAGAAACCGUCAAGGCAUCUUAUGCGAGACAUCCGAACUAUGAUGACUUGGUUCCGUGUUUACUAGAGAUUGGUGUUACGGAAGAGUUGCUUAUGCGCUGCGGACUCACAUUACAUGUACCUCUACGGCCUAUGUUAGGUAGCAUCACACGCGACUUAUCAGACAUGUUGACCAAGCUGCAAGGACGAGAUUUUGCAUGCGAAUACAAAUAUGACGGACAACGAGCACAGGUUCACUGCGAUUCAAACGGCAAAGUUAGCAUAUUUUCUCGCCAUCUCGAACUGAUGACGGAUAAAUACCCGGAUCUGGUGUCCCUGGUCCCGGAUAUCAGAGGAGAAUCCGUGUCAAGCUUUAUCCUAGAAGGCGAAGUCGUUGCAGUUGAUCAAGAAAGUGGCGAUCUCCAAGCGUUUCAAAUUCUUACCAAUCGAGCCAAGAAAAAUGUUGAGAUUGGAAGUAUCAAAGUCAAAGUCUGCCUGUUUGCGUUUGACUUGAUGUAUUUGAAUGGAGAACCUCUUCUUGAUCGAUCAUUUCGAGAGCGUCGAGAUAUGCUUCGAAGUCUUUUUACAGAAAUACCAAAACGCUUCACAUGGGUGAAGAAUCUAGAUGCUACGUCAGCUGAUUCAGAAGCGGUUUUGGAAUUCUUCAAGAGUGCGACAGACGUCAAGUGUGAGGGCAUUAUGGUGAAGGUUCUUGAUAACGACAUGAAAUCUGGGAAUCGUGUUAUGAAUGCCAGCGAUGAUCUAGAAGUAAACGAUGAAGCCCAGGAUAAGCAAUUUUCACUGGCAUCAGCGAAGAAAAAGGACAAAACUACACGACACAAAACCCUCCUCUCAACCUAUGAGCCCGACAAGAGACUCGAAUCCUGGUUGAAAGUGAAAAAAGACUACAGUACGUCUUCAGAUACUCUCGACCUGAUCCCAAUAGCAGCCUGGCACGGGAGCGGACGCAAAGCCAAAUGGUGGUCCCCAAUCCUCCUUGCAAUCCGCAACCCCGAGACUGGUCUACUCGAAGCCGUCACCAAGUGCAUGUCAGGCUUUACAGACAAGUUCUACCAAACCAACAAGGAGAAAUACUCCGAAGACAGUGAGAAUGUCAUCUCUCGACCAAGCUACAUAGACUACGCGGGUCACCCGGAUGUAUGGUUCGAGCCGCAGGAAGUGUGGGAAAUAGCAUUUGCAGACAUCACGCUUAGUCCGACCUACACAGCUGCAAUCGGCUUAGUUGGUGAGGAGAGAGGGCUGAGUCUACGGUUCCCGCGAUUCUUGCGUGUUCGAGAGGACAAGUCCAUUGACGAGGCUAGCACGUCGGAUUUUCUGGCUGCUCUGUGGCGGAAACAAAUGGAGCGAGCACACGAGUUGGACCCAGCGGUGGAUGACAAUAUCGAAGAACAAGACGAGCGGGCCUCUGGCGAAGUGGGCGAGGGCUGA